CAGAAAAUAUCAAAUGGCUUUGUUGCAUUAAAAAUUUUAGAUGUUGAAUAUUUUCACUUAUUCAUAUACUGUAUUAACGCAGGUCUAGAAAAUUAAUGUUCUGAAACAUCUUUGGCUCCCAUACAUUUCUUACAUUCUGAUAGCUACUAGGAGAAAAACAUAGGACGUGGAAGUGGACGUCAUUUACUGAAGAAAAUUUAAACAAAAAAAAAACCCUGUGAGGCAGUAAUUAUGGGUCUUGAUAAAAUAAAAUUUCGUAGCUGAAUUGAUUUUAUUAUCUGGUACACUCAAACACAAAACCCAGCAAAAUGUUUGAGGAGUUCUACUAUGAUCUGAUGUCGGUUCUCGCCUCUUUCAGAAAAAUUAAAAUGGAGGACAACAGUCCAAUAUCGAUACUAAAAUUAGCAGAUUUUGGGUUUAGAUACACUGGAGAGAGGUGUGUUGUUGAAUGUCAAAGUUGCCGUAAAACAUCAGACAUCACUUCGUUCAAAUACGACAAAAGCAUGCUGGACCCUAGACUUAGACAGUUUCACGAAGACACGUGCGAGAUAGCGCGAGAUUCUCAGGACAUUGAGACAGAGUGGGAAGUAAAGGAGAGUAAGAUAUCCAUCAAAAGUAUCACAAUUUUGAUACGAUUCCCGUCACUACACAAACCUAAUAGAACCUCAGACAAUAGUAUCGUCAUUAUAAUGCAGUUUUCACAGAAAGUAGGAGCAGGACUUUCCAAAAAUCCAGAAAUGUAUUCAGACAAAAAGCAUUCGCUCGAUGAAAAAAGUAAAGAAUUUAAACAAAACAGAAAAAUCUCGAACGUGAAAUCACCCAAUCACACUGGUCAACAAGAGCCAAACAAACCAAACAAAACGCCAUGUAAACAAGAGACGAGACGGCCUAAGAGCCUGAAGCUGACACUGUUGCAGCAAGAAAACACAAAACUCGCUCAUCAGCUGAUGUGUAAGGUGUGCAGGAGUGAGCCGGUGAGGGACUUGUUCCUGCCUUGUGGGCACCUGUACGCCUGCAGUCAGUGCUCACAGACUUUGUCAUUAUGUCCUGCCUGUGGUCGCCCGAUCCUAGCCACGGUGACGACGUUUUUUACUUAAGCAACAAGAACGUUGUCGUACACCAUUGAUCAUAUCGUUUAGUGUAAUAAGUUGAUGAUUAUUUCGACUAAUAAUUAUUUAAAAAAAUAAAUGGAUAAAAAGAAAGCACAUGUUUAAAAAACCUAGUAAAUACAAUAUAUUAUGUAAUUUUUUAACACAAUAAGCUAUUGAAACUGAAUUUAAGUUAAUCAACAUAAAUCAAGGUAAAGACGGUGCACUUAAUAUAUAAUACAAAAACAAGACAUUUUUACACCCCCAACCAAUAUUUUUUUCAGGUAUCUCUCAACGGGGGUCACUACCUCCCCCCCGGACCUUGCCCACCACCCCCAUACCAUUACACAACGUUAUCUAACCAGUAAACGCUAACUGACUAUUAACUCACCAUUAUAAUGUUAGUACUAGACAUUUUUUUUUCAAAAGCAGUUGAGCUACAAACUUUACAAUUUUGGCAAAUUAAAUUCCCCCCCCCCCCAUCACUUCUCUAUAGAAACACAUGUAAAUCUUAUUGUGUUUAAGGAAUGAUGGACAUGUAUCAUCAGCAUGUCUAAUUUGUUUCUGUUUAUUUUAGCAACAGCUUUGGCACACUGUUUCAUGUGCGUCUAAACAACACUAGUCAAUGUAUCGAUGUUAACAGUAUUUAUAUACAUGUCGUAAAAUAUGUAAGAGAUCUCAUGAGCGACCAAAGUUUUUAUUAAAAAGAGCAACUUUGUUU